GAGAAGACUUCGAAUUCGAAAACACGACGAAAGAAAGCGAACAAGCGAGUAAAAAAAGAAAAGGAGGCAGCAACAAAAAAAGUAAGAAAAAGACGCAAUGUCGAGUUUUUUAAAAAUUGCGCCAGAUGGCGCCACUAGUACACACCGCGGCGAGACGCCAGAAAGUGCUUUCUUGCCUACUUUUCAGCCAGGUAAGGGAGAGCUAUCGCGGUAGGCCUAAAACGCUGCGAUCCCGAAAUAAUCGUUCCUCGUGGGAUGCUUCGCAAUGACCGCCGACGAGAUCGCGUGCACCGUCUUCAACGCACGCCGGGAGGCGACAAGGUGACGGGCCGCUGGUACCGCAAGCGGCGAUGAAGCAGCGUCGGCAGCGAUCAUCGACAAGCCGCCGUCGCGACGUUCGACAGCAAACCGUCGGGGCCGCCAUGGGUUGGUUGCCUGUCGCGGAUCGGCCGCUUCUGUGUGUGGUGCCGUGCUAGCGUGUGCUUCGGCAGUGCUCGGGCGCCUGUGAACCGCCGCGAAAUCGCGCGCCCCUCGCCUUCCUCCGCACGAGCCUGUGUGUGCGAACGGCUCGUGCGUUGAACGUGUGAUGAAAACUCGAGUCAACGCGCCUGUUCGCGCCAUUUGCGGCUGGGGGAAAUAGCCAGUGUUUCUUGCGUUUGUUUUUGUUUGUUUGUUUCACUGCUGCAACCCACCACAACCACCAACCACCGCUUUUGUUGCUGUUUCGUGAGUCUCUCCUCCUCUGCUGGACUCACAAUCGCUGAUCUCCCGAAAGCGCUGCCCAAAAUCACAUGGCAACAACAUGACUGAUCAAGCAUGGAUGUCCCGAUCAGUGAUUCAGAGGAACUGUGCACCGCGCUUAGGUGACUUUCGGAGAAGAUGCCAAGGAAGUUCAAAACACAAGAUGGGAAUCCGUCUGAAGCCAUCCGGGGCCUCUGGGAGGGAGCAUACAUGUCGCAGUUUGUGCGUCUCUUUCAGCGCAAAUUUGGAUUUCAGAGCCUAACAACUCAGGAAUUGGAAGACGCACUUCUCAAUCCCGAGAGCCUGGUUGUUCCUGACAUUUGCGCUCGGCUGCUCAGGUUUAUUACCCGGCAGUCAUCUGUUUUGAUCUCUAAUUUUGAAGACACUCUUACUGAACUCCUGCAAGAGAAGGAGGUUUUGUUCACAAAGGGACCCUGGAGAGACCUCUCUCCAGGAGACAAGCUCCUGACUGUCAAGUGGCUACUGGACUAUGCGUACGAGUCUCGGGAAGAAGAGCUGUCAGAAUUCUUGGACGACCACUACGACGCUGAGGAUUUGCGUGGCAUUCGUGUAGGCCAAGAUGCUCUUGACAAUGUCUACUGGUACUUGGAAGACCUUCGCCUGUAUCGGGAGCUGUGCCCCAAGAAGCCCCAACGCAGCCGGGAGUGGGACUGUGUCUGCCUGACAGUGUCGGACUGGCAGGGCUUCCUCAAGCAGUUCCGCAAGUCCUCCAACCCGCGGGAGAAACAGUUGCACACCUUCCUCUCAUCGCACCUCUUCCCCAUUGUCCAGGCCCAGGCACAGGCAUUAAAAGGUGAAGAGCGUGACCUUGAAACGGAGAACCGUUGGCUUCUGGAGCGGGAGCAACACGAGGUUCUCCUUCCUCGGCCGGGCUCCGACAUGAAGUGCAACGGGGCCCCCUCGGUAGACAAGGCGGCAACCGAGCCUCAGCCCGCAGCAGCAGCCGACGAGUGCGGGCCCAAAGCAGCACCGGCCAAGGAAGCAGCACCAGCCUGUCCGGCAGAAGCCGCCGGAGCUGGAAGCGUGGGUCGUGCUCCAGGCACACCAGUUUCUGCCGCAGACGUUGCCGCGUCUGGCGGAGUACUUGUCAACGGAGGCGGAAGCCUUCCGCCUGUUACCGGCCCACCAUUGUCCGACAGUGGACCACCAAUGUCCAUGCUAGGUGACAACCCAGGUGAUGGCAUGGUUGCAGGCACUAAGGAUAAUCCAGGAUCCAUGGCCACACCAACCUCCUCAGAUGCUGCAGCAGCAGCUGGCGGUCCCAUGCUGCCCACAAUGCCAACGCAGCAGCAGCCCAUGGGGGGGCCACAGCAGCAGCAGUUACCUCCGCACCCACACCACCACGCGGGUGGCACCCUCACCGUGGGGGGUGGUGUUGGCGCAUCCCAGCUCACCCACGGCGGCAUGCCCCCGCACAUGGUGCACCAUCAGCAGCACCCGCAGCCUCACCCCGGAGUUCCCGGUGGCCACGGUGGACCGUGCAAUCCACAUUCGGGGGCGGCACACAUGGCGGGGGGAAACAUGGCCGUCGGAGGUGGACCGAGCCCCAUGGGGGGACCUGGCAUGGGUGGACCGCAGGUCUUACCCCCUGGUGGCAACAUGGGCAAUCCAGGGCUGCACAGGCCGCCGUCGAGGCCGACGAUGCCACCCGGCGGGGCAGGAUGCCCCAUGCCUCCACAGGGCAGCUCUGGUGUCGGUGGUGGCGGUCUGGAAGCACAGUACAUGCAGCAGCAGAGCCAGAUUUUUGUCUUCACGACAGUCCUGGCAAAUCAGGCUGCCGAGGCAGUGCUGACGGGACAGUGCCCCAGCAUCAUUACGUUCCACUGUGCACAGCCAGGAACCAAGCGCUUUCUAGAAAAGCACCCACUCAAGGUCCAGCAGUUCAACAAACAAAACCCAGCCGCCUGGCUCAACAGCCUUGCCCAAAUGAAGCAGCGAGGCUCCCAGGGCAUGCCAAGUGGCCCCAUGGGACCAUCCCCAGGGGGUGGGCCUCUCAAGGUCCCGCAGGCAUUCAGCCCUGGCUUCUGUGGCCCUCCCCACGCCUGUGGACCUCCCCAUCCCGGAGGUGGAGGUGCCGGUGCCUGGCAACCUCAGGAAUCGUGGGGUUCUGGCCCCUAUGGCCCAGCGGGCAUGGCGCCGCAGAGGGGCCCUUCCCCUGCCAGCAGCCGAGGGCCCGCACCCCCUCCGCAGGGCCACCAUCCCCAGCACCAGGGCUGUGGACCACCCAACGGCGGCUGCUUCCCAGCGGGUGCCGGGCCCUACCCUGGCAUUGGAGGACCCGGGUGUGGCAGCAAUCCUGCCCAGAUGGGAGCGGGGGUCAAGGUGCCCGACGAAAACCUGACACCUCAGCAGAGGCAGCACCGUGAAGAACAGCUAGCCAUGAUCCGCAAGAUGCACCAGCUGCUCUUUCCAGACCAGCACGGCACGGGAAAUGCUGCGGGACCCCCCGGUGGCCAGCAGCAGCAACAGUCCGGGCUGCCCCAACAGCCACAGGGGGGUGCUGCGCCUCGCCCGAGGGGUCCUGAGCAGUUCGGACACUGUGGGGACCACCAGCACGAAGGGGCAAACAUGCCUCCACAAAUGCAGCAGCCGCAACAGCAGCCACAACAGCAGCCGCAACAGCCACAGCAGCAGCAGCAGCAGCAGCAGCAGCACUUUGGUGCAGCUCCCACGCAGGAGCCUUGUACCCAACAAAAAAGAAAAAGAAAAAAAAGAGAACAUGUUUCAUCUCAACCAGACGGGCAGAGCCUUGGACAGCUACAAAGAAACGUCUACCAGAAGCCAGCGUCGGUGAAGCGUGAAGAGUGGAUCAGGUCUUCAGCCUCUGGAAACCAGACAUGCUGUUGUGCAGGGCCCCAGGGAGCCAUGAUGGGCCACCCGCCAGCUGACUGGCAAACCCAGCAGCAGCAGCAAGGCGGCAUGCCGGCCCAAAAGCCGUACCUUGAGGACCGGCGCCGCAAGGGGGCCACUGCUGCCACUCAACCACAGGGGCUUUUCCCGGCAUGCGGCAACGAGUUCUCGGCCUCUGGCUCACCCAGUGGCUACAUUACACGGCCAGGAUCUUGCCCCAACCCAAACUUCAACAACGGCACCGUAGGCCCUGGCGGUGCAGCUGGUGCUACGGGUAACAGGCCCAGUUCGUGCGCCGGCUUCAACUCACCUGGUUCCUUCUCCAACCCACCAACACCUUCGGGGUUCCCCGGCGCGCCAGGAGCCAGUCCAGCUGGCGCUUCGUCCAACUUCUCCGCAGCACCAGGUGCCAGCCCUGGUAUGGUGUUCAGCCCCGGAGCAGCAACGCAACAGCAGCAGCAGACAGCCGGAGGAGGGGGCUCCUUUGGUGGUCGGCCUGCUGGCCCCUCCCAGUGUGGUGGGGGUGGUUCGUUCCCGGGAUCCGCACCUUGUGGCAGCCCAGCCCUCCAGCCUUUCUCACCGUCAGUUCGCGGGUCCUCGGGGUCCAGCCCGCCAAACUACAGUGGUGCUGGUAGUGCUGGUAGUGCUGGUGGCAGUGGAAGCCCAGGCACAGUCCCACCGCCACCACGGAGCCCCGCAUCUCGCGCGAGCCCACGUCUCCAGCAGGGGCCACCCCCACCCUACGGGGCACGAGGUCCAAUGGCUCCCAGUCCCCACCCACCAACGUCGCCAUCCCCUCGUCUUGGCACAGCAUCUCCAGCAACUGACCCUGGGACGCGGCAGUUCUCCCAUCCAGCUGGUGGCGGUCGGCUGGCAAACCCUAGCCCUGGAAGUGUGCAGACAACACCGCUGAGUUCACCCAAGCCUUGUCGUGGGGGCCCACACACACCAACCACGCCCGGUGGGGGCAGUGCCGUGCCCAGCCCAUCGUCAGCAGGAAGUUCGCGAAAGCGGUCGGCCACACCACUCACGCAAGACCCACCGGAGUUUGUCACUGGCAUGGGCACAUCUGCAGCGACAGGUCAUCCUGGAAUGAAAAGUGAGCCCGGCCUGAUGCCCGUGCCCUCACCGCAGCAGAUCCAGUACCUGGGCUCCCUGGAGAGCCAGGAGCUCACUAUCCAGAAGCAGGCCAACCUGGGGGUGCCCGAGGGGCCCCUGAGCGCACAGGGAGGACCCCCUCACGGGGGGAAUCCCAUGGGACAGAACCCCAUGGGGCCAACGGCAGCGACACAGGGGGUCAUGUCCCAGCAACAGGGCAUGCUCCAAGGCCUCGGUCACCCAUCAGAAAUCCCGCCUCUGGACAUGGGCCCCAGCCUGGCCUCGGAGAAUUCCCAGGGAUCGUACCAUUCUUCGUGUUCGUCGGGCAUGGAAGGCGCCACUCAUCGCAUGGGUCCGUCCAUGUCGGAUGGAACGGGGGGCCCACGCUUUGCAACGAGUCCCCCCUAUGACACACGAUUCCCAGGAGGGGCACCGCACGAAGCACCAGGCUUCAGCUACAUGGACCCGCGGUGCAGGGUUGGUGUAGGGCCCGAGCCAGACCCAUCGGACCCAUCGCAGCAGGGCCGCUUCCCUGCACCGCACCACCAGGGCUUUCCUGCUGGUGCUAUGCCGCCGCACCAGGGGGCUGCAUUUCCUGGGGCUUCUCAGGGGGGGCCAGCAACGGGAGUGCGUGAUUUUGGAGAGCCAAUGAUGAGCACUACAGGCUUCCCACGGCCUGGCGGUGGCUAUGCUGGCGAUGUUCCCCACUCGCCUCACAUCCAGAGCCUGCAGAAGAUGACGCCCCCUUUUGAUGGCAGCGGCAAAGGAGAUGUACCGGCGGACCCACUAAACGGACCUCAUCGCGGAAGUCCCGGCUGCAUGGUGCCCCUCGAGCCUGCCUCGGCACAGUUCAUGGGUGGUGGGGGCGGUGGACCCAUGAUGUCUCACGGAAGGGGGGCUGCCACAGCAGCAGCACCGUAUCCUGCAAUGGCCCCUGCUCGCAACUCACCCGGACCUCGUGCACGAGGCCGUGGUUCCGCGAAUUCUGCUGCUGCCGCUGCUGCAGCGGCUGCGGCUGCCUCCUUCGGAGGUGGAGCCAAUGUGCAAGUGAAACUCGGUGCCCCCAACACUAUCCAGUACCUCCCUGCGCGACCUCAGAACCCAGUGGCAGCGCCGCCGCACCGAGCACCGAGUCUGGAGUUCCUCCAGCGUUUUACGACGCCACUGGCCAACCUCGACACAAAGGUGCCCACGCAGAACCUGCAGUACUUCCCGCUAUCGGGACCGCCUCAGAGGGCAGGUCCUGUCAUGAUGAUGCGAGGAGGGCCCAGCGGUCCUGGGGCUUACGCGGGAGCGCGCGGCUUGCCCCCAAUGGAAGCAUAUGGCGGCGGCCCCAAUGGGCCCCAGCAUGGAGGGUUGCCUGUGGGUGCCAUAUUUCAGGGUGGCAAGGGACUGCGGCCAGCCUCUCCCGGAGGCGGUGCAGGUGGUGACGUGGUGUCGCAGCCGCUACCUCCGACUGUUGGCCAGGCAUUCAGCUACAAGCAAAGCCCCUUUUAUGGACCCACAACGGCUGACCCCAACUACGCGGUGCAGUUCCACAACUUUCAGCAGCAGCUCUAUGCCACAAAUACCCGGAGCCAGGGUGCGACAACGUCUGGGCCCUCAGGCGCGACAGCGGCUGCCGCGGGGUUCUUUGGCCCCAAGUGACUUGACCGCUUCUCUCACCCUGUCAGUUGGGGAAGGAUGGAAGGAAAAACGCGGCCCCUCUCUUGCGCGCGUCAUCUUUCUCGGCAGUUGUGUGUUCUCCAAGCCCGAGUCAUCGGUGCGUGACUCCAUUUCCCACACGCGUGACACGGGUCGGGUGGGUUGCACAGUUUGGGGGCACCUCGAGGGGGCUGUGGACACUGUGGGACAGGGAGUGCUCAGGUUCCAAAACACAACUUUGAAGGCCUCUUUCUUGUCUGUGCGCGUGACUGCAGCCGACUUUCUUUUGCUCAACAAGGCUCGAUGUGGCCCGCGGAGCCCCCCCGCCUCACGUGUUUCUUUGGUGCCACCAUCGAGGAGGCGCAUGGCUUCAUCUCGGUAGGACAGAUGUGAUUUCGAUGAACUGUGCUGUUCUUACAGCGGUCGUGCUGAAGAGGUACCAGCACUCAGAUGUCCGUGCCAUCUUUUUUUGAGAUCAUAAGUGUUUUGGCCCCCCUUUUCUCAGUGGCUUCGAUGUUGACGGGGCCCCUCACUGGUUGUUGUUUUUCUCGUUUUGUUGGCAGUUGUUCCUGGUACCGUGCUCCUCAUUAGUUUUGUUUAAACAUUUUACAAGACUGGUGAAAAUAAAAAAUAUAUAUAUAUAAAUAUAGUGGGGGGGAAGAUGCAGAAAGAAAAGGUCCUUUUGCCAAGAGAUGCUGAACUUCUUUUACCUAGUUAGCUUUUGGCAGAACGGCCUCAGUGGGCAAAUUGUAAAGCUAACUUGCCAAGGGGCCCACCCAUAUAGCACUUGCAAGAUUAUCUUUCUUUAACAGUUGUGUGCUAACGCAGCUAGAUACCAUAGGUCACUGGGAAGGGACACACGCAGCUGACUUUCUUUAUGGCUGCUUCUGUCAUUUUAUGUAAGGCAGCUUGCUCUGUUUUUUUUUUUUCCCCUUAUACCUCGCCCACUGACUCGAGAUGUGUUUAUAGUGUGCCAUGUUUGUGGUAACGUAAACCUGUCUCACAUGGAAGACGAGUGUGCAGCUUGUUUCUUUCAGUGCCAAGCAGGUGUUGUGUUUAGAAAGAGCGAGAGAACUAUCGCUGUGCUGAGAGAGUCUCUACGCACAUUUUUGGCCCACUGUAGUAAUGAUGUUCUCAGAGAACCCUUUUCUCUCUUUUUAUUUUGGACAAGCACGAGUUGUUUUCGUUUCUUCUUCCCCCCACUCCAUGCCACCCGACCUGACCUUUGCUUACCCAUGCAAAAUUGGAAGGGGAGUGAUUUUUCUGCUCAAUUUUAUAGUGCAACCGAGAGGAGAAUGAGGAACAAAAGAAAAAAAAAGUGAAAAUACAACAAGAUACGUCACUCAUCACGUCAGCCAUAAGCCUAAGUUAUUUAUCAUAAAAAAGAGAAGUCUCCGUCGUCGUCUUCUUCACUGUGGUCUCUACCGUUAUUUUUAGCUUUUUAAUUUUUUUAUCUCUUUCUUAUCUUCAAGUCAAGCUAAGAAGUGUUGAGCAUUGUGCUAGUUUAUUAUUGAAAGCAAAGUUGUUCUGUGUUCCUCACAAGUGAGAUCCCGUCCAUGGAGCUCUAAGGGGAAAAAAAAAAGGAAUGAAACCUCUGCUGCGGUCUGACAGCUGACAAGGCCGAGAAACUUCACUGCAUACAACUGCAGGUGCAUCAGCAACACGCCUCUAUGCCCUCCCUAUCACUGUUGAUUUUUUUCUUCACACCAUCGUCACCACAGUAUUUCCCAUACAAUGUAGCUGGAAGGAUGUGCAGUCUCAUGUCUUGUGCACCUGAAAGGUUGGCUUUGUUAAAAAUUUCUUACCUUUGCAAUAGUCAGCAUUUGUUUAAAUAAUUAAUAAGUGGUCUUUACUUCCAUACACAUUAUUCCUGUAGCGGUGGGGUGCGUACAUCACACAUUAUUUUAUGCAUUCUAAGUUUGUUUAUUACCGCUGGCACACAUGCGCUUUCAACAAUCAUUGAAAAUUCAAUUGUGAAAAUGGGCUCUGAAGGUUUAGCGUUUUAAUCAAGGCAAUGUAGUACAAGGUAUUUAUUAAACAACCCUUCUCACUUGUCUCUAUGAACACAUAUCUAACUUGAAUUGUCAUCGGCCAUUGUUCGACCAGGAAAUCAGUUGUAUUUACUUCCAUGCUCUGCAUUGGAGGGAAGGACGCACAUUUCACAUUCUCUAGUUGUUUUAAAUAGACUGUAGUAUCUUGUCUGAGGCAGUAGACUGACUAGUUUUUGCAAAACAACUGCCACCUUGUUCCUCACUUCAAGCACUUUUGGCAUGCACUUAGCCGUAAAACUAUGGCCAGUAAUUAAGCGGAUUAAAAUCGGGCAAGGAAAUGCCAACAAUCGUAUUGUGGAUUACCUGAACACAGAAAUGCAAUAAUUUGGGUGCCCGCACCUGAAUAACUUCAGCCAAUUAGGGUUAGUAUGGUACUUGUUGCCAAAUUUACUAGUGAAAAGAAAGGUUGCUUAUAGGAUAGGGGCCAUAUUCUCACAUGAGCACUUUCAGGAAUGUUCACUUUUGCGAGAUUCCGCAUGACUGGCGCUGGAUGCAACAGCGUCUACGAGUGACAGCAUUCUUAACACAGUGCCAGGAAUGUUGUCACCCGUGUACACCAACACAUCCGGCACUAGUUCCAUGAAUUCUUGUGAAAGUCAAAAGUGUCCCCGAAGGUGAUCAUCUAAAAAUACGAACGCAGUAUUCCAACCCACCACUUCUAAGCUUUCAGGUAUACGUGUAGCAUUUUUGUGAUUUACUGCAUAAGUAGAAAGUAGGCAGGUACAACUGACACUCAUGUCUACUAGUACAAAUCGGUGUGUGGCCUCAUGGCAAAGUUUGCAAGGCACUGCUAAGACUGCAUUUCCUUCUAGUUGCAGUUUUCUCUUUCCUCCUUUCCCGGCAUACACACAAUGUCCCACCGUGCAUGGCUCUCUUCCCAUCAUUGUUGCCUAACGGAAUACGUGAUUUUCUGACCCAGUCUUGGUUUCUUUUUGUCAGUGAGGAAAGGAAGAAGACAGAGGAGAUGCAAAAAAUUAAAAAUAAACGAUCAGGAGUGGUCAUCACUUUCAUGGCUCAUCUUGAAUAAUGGCCUGCACAUGCAAGAAAAAUGCUCAAAACGGGAGAGAGCUUGCCUUGUCCCCAGCGUCAUCACAUCUUUUCCCUGUCUCGUUUUUUCCCACUUGUCGAAUGUUCUAAACAUUUAUUUUUUAAUCUCAUAUCUUUGUGUACCUGUUAACACCUGCCUGGAAUGAAAAACGACGCCACUAUACCUGUUGAACAUCAAACAUUGCCAUCUGUGGGUCAUUUUAUUUCGAAAGAAGAUAAUUUUUGUGCUUGCAGCUAACUUUGAUUGGCAAUGCUUCCAUUUAUUUUCAAUAACACGUGACAUGUGAGCAAGCAAUGCAGAAGGUGCUACAAAAAUUCCAAGAUUUGCUUUGGUGGUCUAAUUCCAAAAAGGCUUGAUCUGUGCAGCCAAUGCCAAGUUUUAGGCAAAGUUAAGCUUUAGCCAAAUCUUCUUGCAUCUUGGCACAACCACAAUGGGUACACUAUGAAACUUUCAUAGACGGCAGUGCCACAUUUCAGUCUGGAUCGUAUUGCAGGAAACUCGCAAGCCUAAUGCAAUACAGAUUUGCCGUUCUCAUUGUCUGUAAUGUGAAUAACUUAUUAAUCAAAGGGUUGCGGGUCUCUAUACUAGUGAAUCACGUAGCUGGUAGAAUUGGACACGGCAGAUCUUUAGUUGUCGUUCAUUCUGUGCUCUGUAAGGUACAUUGAAGUAUCAUUCCUUUAGCCAGAUUAGCCUUAUUGAAAAUUCUAGGCAGUCAUACCAUGUUCGCAGGACAUGAUUUCGCGUUCUUUAUUGUUUGUGUAGCACCUGCAGCAUAAAAUCAUUGUCAAGACUUGGAAAUUCGCAUGUUUAUUGAGUUCACGGAGCUGGGUGCUGUCCAUCACGCCAUGCUGCAAUUCUUGGAAGAGCAGAAUGUUUGCCUUCUUUUCCUACGUCCAAGCAUUGCAUUUGGCAGGUUUCGGUGCUUUAUGUUGGUUGCAAUGUGCAUCGUUGAGCUGCGGGUGCAUGAUCGGAGAUUGCGGGUUUGACGGCAGCCACCAAGUGGGUGCUCUUGCAAGGCUUCCUGCUGUUUUGCAAUAUUUGCAGUGUUGCAGCUCAACAAAUAGCUCAGAUUGCAUGAGGAACAUAACUUUCUUUUAUUUAAAACAUUUUUUUGGCACCUUACUGUGAUUGUCACAUUGGCCGUCGCGGUUGACAGAUGUAUUGAAAGGUUUUGUCAAUGGCAGCUUUCCAUUCAAGCCCACUGUGGUUUCUUUUCUUAAUUACCAGCCAAUCAUCUCACAUGGGCUCUCAUUUUUGCAAAGUAUGGGAAUAAUACUACAUCAUCACCUUAUUUCCUUCCGCCCGCCUGUCCCCUUGAUCUCCAAGUUACUUUUUUUUUCUUUCACUUUUUUUACCCAUCAAGCAACAGGGUAGCGUCAACGCGCGACGAAAAAAAAAAAAAAGACGCGUCGUCCGACCAUUGUCGGCCUCCAACAAGUGAGACAGGCCGUGUGACGUCACGCUUUUGUUCGCAGUGUGUCUUUUGCAGCCGUGUGCCAAAUCUAGAUUUAUCUCCAAGGUGCUUCAUUUUUUCCCCCCUUUAAGUACUUUUGUUUGUCUUUCCCAUCGUCUUCAACUAACUUGACGUUGCCUGCCACCCCAUACGUACGCUUUUGAAAGGUGGCAUUCCCUUUCAUUCGUAUUUUCUGAGGGAGAAGGGAAAGGGGGAGGGGCUGAGAAUUCAUAUGCGCCUGCUAACCAAGGCCAGGAGGUGCAGGCGCGCUUUUGUCGAAGGACGCCCAGCGAACUGCGUUGUUCGCUGCGUCAAUUGCUUUCAGCAGAGAAGCAAUAAGCAGUCUGCCACGGGAGGGGAUCUUUUCGAGGUGAGGGAAACCUGGGCGAAUUUUACCUCAAUCGCGGACGGGCGAACACCGCCGCAACGCGAGUGGGAAUAAAAAAAAAAGUGUCGCGCAAGAGGGAAAUAAUUUAUGCUUUUCAGUGCCGUGUACUGCAGCUUUUUAAGGUGUUUGUUUAUUUUUUUGUUUUAGUUUUUUUUUUCCUCCAUUCCCACCCUGUACAAAUUGUAAGCAGAUGGUUCAUGUGUGUGUGUGUGCCGUUGUCAUUGUACAGCUGUGCCUAUGUGUGUCUUUUUUUGUGUUGUCCAAGUCACUUUUCACAGGUUGGUGUGUGUUGUAUCUUGUUAAAAAACGCGCCAGGAUCGUCAAAGAUCGUGCCGUGACGCUGCCCCGGGCGUUCCCCCCCCCGCAUGCGCGGCAUGUUUCUUUUAACCUUCUCGAAAUAUCCUUCUGGAAAAAAAAAAGUUAUUUUAGUGCUGUUUUUUUUUCCCCCCUUGAAAGUGUGAUAUGCUUGCUGCGCGUGUGCCUGUGGAGAAAUAUGUAUAAAGAUGCGUACAUGGAAGCCUGCGAGAAAUGUUGAUUUGCUGUUUUUUUUUUCUUCUGGUAUGCGUGUGCCACAUCAUGAUGAAGAGAAGUAAUAAAAGUUUUUUUUUUGCAGA